AUGGGAAAACGUAAAACCAAAGGAAAACCAAAUCCGAAAGCGAAACCUGGUUAUGCGAGAGCUGAUCAUUUGCGGACUUGCGCUCUGCACAUCGCCAAACUUGGAAAUUCGAAAAAUGAUGGAUUUUCAAAAAUCAGCCGGCGAAUCUCGAAAUUAUGUCGACAAGUGAUGGAUUCGGAUAUGGUGCAGAUGGAACCGGAAAAGAAGCAAGUAUUUUGCAAAAAAAUGUCGAGAAGUUUUAGUGGGAAAAAUUGCAAAAACUGAGAUCUCGUCGAAAAUCAAAAACACAAUCACAGAGAAAUGCGGAAAUUGUGGAAAUUCGAGAAAUUAUAACAGAUUUCCUAAUAUUAAUCCCAUAUUUGAUGGAAAAGAAGAAAAAUAUCUCGGAGUUUAUUGAAGCUGUCGAUGAAUUAUUUUCAAUUGAUGUCAUGGGUUUCGAAGAAACAACACUGCCAGAUUGGGGAACUUCGAUGAAUGAAGUGUCUCGGAAGCUUAAAAAAACUCGUAAAGCGGUCUGA